AUGUGCGACGUGUCAUUGGAAAGCCAUGAGUGCUGCUCACAAAAUCAACUAUUGAAUAUUUCAUUAGAACAUGUCGAAGAUAAAGGAGAAUUCAAUUUUUAUAUCAAAUCGAUUUCGAAUUGUGUAUUAGAUCCAACUCUGAUUAAGCGUCGUGCUCGAGUGAUCAUUUAUUUGGUGAAAAAUGUAUCAAGAAAAUUUUUCAAAUAUGGAAAUUCGCCUCUUCAGGAGCUAGGCGAUAUUGAAACGAAAAUCUCGUAUAUGCCGACAAUUCAAAGACUGGUUAUUCACUAUUGUGUUGUAACUAAUCUGAAAUCAUCAAAAACAUUUCAAAAAAUAUACAUUCGAUCAUCAGUCUUCAUUGAUACCAAAGUUAUUGAUAUCAGGAAAACUGAAUUAAAGAAUUACACAUCAGACGCGUGUUCUGACGACGGUGUAUAUUUCACGAAGAAAAUGGUGUUUGAGGUGAAGCGAUUAGAUAUUGAAAACGCUCAGCUUCUAAUACAAGUAGUCGGAAAAUCUGAAGACAGGAAAUAUGUCAUCGGGGCUGUUUUACUGAACUAUGAUGAUGAUGAUUAUUUUCAACAGAUUUUCAAAUUUCAAAGGAAAGCGAUUUCGCAGUUGCAUAAUCUGAAACCAAAUGCUGGAUAG